AUGGAAAUCCUACGAGAACCUCCAAAAGCCUCGACAUUCAUCCCUCUUGUCGAGCACCAAUCCGCCACCCCGGCCUCUUUCUACUCCGGUCCCCCAGUCCUCCACUACUAUAGUGACCGAAGCAAACUGAUCAUCCUGGAAUCCGAAAUCAGCGCUGUCGCUGCAUUCGCUCCUCUCCUCCAACAGUCUGGCCCUCAACCCCAUGCCAACGGCACCGAGACCAAUGGAGACGCCUCGGAACGAGACCAACAAAGAGUGGUCGAGGAUCUGGACCUCUGGGUAACAUCAGACAAAUUGUUUCUGUAUUCAAACUCCGCCUCCGCUGGUGUCUCGAUACCCUACCCAUCCAUAUCCCUUCACGCCAUCCAGUCACUCCCACAGCCUUCACCAGGCGAGCAGCAGGGUCUGUACAUGCAACUGGUGUCAUCGACCGAAACCGCCGGUGGCGGCGAAGACACGGAGCCAGAGUCGGUCUCUGUCACAAUCAUUCCCACUGCAUCUGCACCUCCUACCACCGCAACGGAGGAUGAUCCUGCAGAGGACAAGCCAGAACAAACCCCUGUCACGGCCUUGUUUACGGCAUUGUCGAAUUGCUCGAACCUGCAUCCAGACCCGGUAGAACCUGGAGAUGAAGAUGAUGAUGGUGGUGCGAGUCGGCUAUUCCAAGCCGGUCUGGCAUUUCCGGGCGCGACAGACGGAGGCCUGCCGCCUGCAGUACCCGGGAGCGGCGGUUGGAUUACGGCAGAGAAUAUGCAUGAAUUUAUCGAUGAGAAUGGAAAUUGGAUAGACGGUGAGGACGGGGAAGAAGAGGGAGAGGCUGAGAAUGAGGGCGAAGCUCUUGGUCCGGGAGCUGGUACUGUUCGGGCCAGGGAACAGGAGGAACAAGGCAAUGAUGGGCCGGUCGAUGGAGGAGACGAGACGAAAUGGAGAAGGACAUCUUGA